CUAGUACAAAAUGGCGGCCGAUGGGCGGGCUCCGAGCUGUGUUGGGGAUGGAGAAUAACCAGCCCCUGGCAGCUGCCUAACCGGUUAGCGGCUCAACGAGCACAGGAGGGGCCCUUCAGAGGAAGGGGUCCGUUAAAAGCCCCGCAGGGAGCGAGGGGGGCGGGGUUGCGGCGCGUACCCCCGGAGGGAGCGUGAGUCGCGCGCUCCCGCGACCAGUGGCGGCCGCGCGACGCUCCCACCGUUUCGCGCGAGUGCGCGCCCGGCCCGGCCCGUGGGUCUCGGGACGGGGAGGGGGCGCGUGCCCGUGAGAGAGGCCGGGCGGUGGGCUGUGGCAGAGCGACCCCUGGGUGCCACAGAGAGGAGGCGUGUAGCGGCCUGUCGCGCCUGCGGCCCCGGACAGGCCGGGCCCAGUCCAGCGUGAGGGGGUUUCACCUCUGUGCGUUGUGCCCGCUCUAGGGGGCGGGGAUAGAGCCGCUCCAUUUGCUGGAGGGGGGGCGUGUUUGCUUUGCUCGCUGUUGCAUUGCAUGCGGUUGCGGGGUGGGUGCCGAGACCCUCGCGCGCGCGCGGGGAUUGCGUGCCGGCGAAGGGGGCUAGAGGCUAGGGCUGAACGUCACGGCAUGGAGGCGGCGUAGGGACCCCAGCGCCCAGGGCAGAGGCUCAUUGCGGUGUGCACCCUGGGGCGAUUGGGAAACCCCAGCACGCAGGGGCUGCGCGGGUGCCCUGCUCGCAUUCCCGCGUUGCACGACCGUAGCCGGACUGCGAAGCCCUAGCACAAAGGCGCAAAAGGGGUGCAUCGUUACGUGCAUCCUUCUUUGGAAGCGGCCCCGGUUAAAUAUAGCAUACCCGUGCCGCGGCCAGCCCAGCCCAUCUCUGCCCGGGCGCGCGCACAGGAGGCACGCUCCCCCCCCCGGGCGAGGGGGGAGGGGAGGGCGGCUGAACGGUGCACGCGCUCCCGGCCGCGGCGGAGGGUAGCGGCGCUGCUGCUUGUGCGACCAGGGGAGGAAGAUGGCGGCCGGCGGCGGAGGCAGCAGCAAGGCCUCCUCGUCGUCGUCCUCCUCGGCGGGGGCCCUGGAGGCAUCGCUGGACAGGAAGUUCCAGUCGGUCACCAACACCAUGGAGUCCAUCCAGGGCCUGUCGUCCUGGUGCCUGGAGAACAAGAGGCACCACAGCACCAUCGUGUAUCACUGGAUGAAGUGGCUGAGGAGAUCUGCUUUUCCUCAUCGAUUGAAUCUAUUUUACCUGGCCAAUGAUGUCAUACAGAACUGUAAAAGAAAAAACGCAAUUGUAUUUCGGGAUACAUUUGCAGAAGUGCUUCCUGAAGCAGCUGCAUUAGUUAAGGAUCCAUCAGUUUCUAAAUCUAUAGAAAGAAUCUUUAAAAUCUGGGAAGACAGAAAUGUAUACCCUGAAGAAACCAUUGUGGCACUAAAAGAAGCUUUAAGUACCACUUUCAAAACACAGAAGCAGCUGAAAGAAAAUCUGAACAAACAACCGAAUAAGCCGUGGAAGAAAUCUCAAACAUCCACAAAUCCAAAAGUUGCUCUAAAGUCGAAGAUUGUUGCUGAAUUCAGACCACAAUCGCUUGUUGAUGAAUUGUUGUUAUAUAAGCGUUCAGAAGACCAGAUAGAACUGAAAGAGAAGCAGCUUUCCACCAUGAGGGUGGAUGUAUGCAGCACUGAAACACUUAAAUGCUUAAAAGACAAAACAGGAGGAAAAAAGUUCUCCAAAGAAUUUGAAGAAGCGAGUUCAAAGUUAGAAGAAUUUGUAAAUGGUUUAGACAAGCAGGUGAAAAAUGGCCCCUCACUAAUUGAAGUGCUUGAGAAUGCUGGUAUCUUUUAUGAAGCACAAUAUAAGGAAGUCAAGGUGGUAGCAAAUGCUUAUAAAACAUUUGCCAAUAGAGUGAGCAAUCUAAAGAAAAAAUUAGAUCAAUUGAAAGCAACUCUUCCUGAUCCAGAAGAGUCUCCUGUCCCUUCUCCAAGUAUGGAUGCUCCAUCUCCAACUGGUUCUGAGUCCCCUUUCCAGGGAAUGGGGGAAGAGGAUGACAUCCAGUCUCCAGCAGUGGAAAGCGAGAAGUCUGUAUCUCCGGAACCUGUGGCAGAUAAUCGGGAUGUGGAGGACAUGGAACUGUCUGAUGUGGAAGAUGAUGCCUCUAAAAUUAUUGUGGAGGAGAGGAAGGAGAAACAGGUUGUUCCUUCUUCAGCACCUGCAAAGACUGAAAGUGUCCCAAAAGCAACAUCCUCCACAGUGGUUGUUGCUACACCAGCGGUAACAACUCCUGCUCAGACUCCUCCAACUCCCAAGACAGUGAGCACAGCGCCUGUCCCUCCAUCACCGGCACUUGGUCUGCCAAACCUUGCCAACGUUGACCUAGCAAAGAUCAGCUCCAUUCUUAGCAGCUUAACUUCUGUUAUGAAGAAUACAGGGGUCAGUCCUGCAUCAAGACCUUCCCCAGGAACCCCAACGAGCCCCACGACUCUUACUAGUGGCCUGAAGACUCCUAUUGUGGGGACUCCAUCUGGUCCUCCAAAUCCGUUAGCAAAUAUUCUUUCCAAAGUUGAAAUAACUCCUGAAAGCAUUUUAUCAGUUCUCUCCAAAACUCAGACCCAGACUGCACCAGCAUUGCAAGGUUUGUCAUCCUUACUUCAAAGCGUUGCUGGAAAUACAGCUCAAUCAAGUGAAACGGCAACUCAGAGCACUUCAGCAUCACCAGCCAAUACAACUGUUUCUUGCGUGAAAGGGAGGAAUGUUCCUUCCAAUACUCAGUCUUUUAUGUCCAAAAAUAUUGGUUAUUCUCCAAAUUCUUCUACUGCUGAGGUUUCUUCAACUUCGGUUAACAAGGCUCCUGUUGGACAUAGCCCAGGGCUUUCAAGUUCUAGUUUUAAACCACCAACAAAUUCCCUUGGAUUUGCCAGUACCCAUCCUACCAGUCCUUCCCUUUUACCAACAGAAACCCCAUUGAGUCAGUCCUCUGAGAUUUCAAAAACAAAGCUGGAGUCAGAACCCACCUCUCCAAGCCUGGAAAUGAAGAUACACAAUUUUUUAAAGGGAAACCCUGGUUUCAGUGGUCUAAACUUGAAUAUUCCAAUUUUAAGCAGUUUAGGGUCCAACAUCACAUCAGAAAGCCAUUCAUCUGACUUUCAGCGCGGUCCUACUAGCACCUCUGUGGACAAUGUGGACGGAACGCCAGUCCGUGAUGAACGAAGUGGAACGCCAACCCAAGAUGAGAUGAUGGAUAAACCAACAUCAAGCAAUGUUGACACUAUGUCUUUAUUAUCAAAGAUUAUAAGCCCUGGAUCUUCUACUCCCAGUAGCACAAGGUCCCCUCCUCAGAGCAGAGAUGAUGGAUAUUCCCAAGAACUGUCUAAUUCUGUGCCUGCCUAUAGGUCUUUCGGUCUUGGCAGGGAUUCUCCAGCCAGCAUGUACAAGCAGUCGUCUGAUAUGGAAAUACCUUCUUCUUUAAUGGAUUCCCCUCAGGAGAAGUUUUACCCAGACACAUCUUUUCAAGAAGAUGAAGAUUAUCGUGACUUUGAAUAUUCUGGGCCGCCACCAUCUGCCAUCAUGAACCUGGAGAAGAAGCCUUCAAAAUCCAUUUUGAAAGCUAGUAAGCUUUCCGACACUGCAGAGUAUCAGCAAGUUCUCUCUAGUUACGGUCAAAGAGCACAAGAGUUUAGUGUGAAGUCGUCUUUUCCUCAGUCUAUGAGGUCUAUUCUUGAUCAGAAUGAGAGCUGUGAUCCGCUGUCAUCGUCUUCUGGAAUGUAUGGAAGUUACAGCCUACGAGCAAAUGACUCUGGAUCCGAUGGUUCCCCUUCACCCAGUAAGAAUGAUGUGUUUUUCACACCAGACUCCAAUCAUAAUAAUUUAUCAAAAUCUGUGAUACAUUCUGGCCUGGCACAGAAACAGUAUCCAGACUCUCCCCAUUCACUUCCUCACAGAUCAAUCUUUUCUCCUCAAAACACUCUUUCAAAUCCUGCUGGUAGACCACCCACAUCCAGUGUGGAGAAAUCUUUAGGUUCUUCCAUUUCUGCCACUUCAACAAUUGAGUUUAAGAACAUGCUUAAAAAUGCAUCUCGCAAGCCUUCUGAGGAAAAGCAUUUUAGCCAGGUUCCUAAAGGUAGCUCACAUGAGGGGGUUAGCCUGUCUAGUCUCAGCCAAGCUGGAACUUCGACAGGAGAGCAGCAGCAGCAGCAAGAGGAGCACUAUCGUAUAGAAACUAGGGUGUCGUCAUCUUGUUUAGACUUGCCUGAUAGCACUGAAGAAAAAGGAGCCCCCAUAGAAACUCUGGGUUACCAUAAUGCAUCCAAUAGGGGAAUGUCAGGAGAACCAAUUCAGACAGUAGAGUCUAUCAGAGUUCUUGGGAAAGGAAAUAGAGGACACGGGCGAGAGGCAACUAGAGUAGGCUGGUUUGAGCUAAGUAAUACAGGUAGUGCUUUUGAUAAUGGGCCCUCAAGUGCUACUGAGCUGCCCACCAUGGGUACUGGCAGUGGAAUUGCCAGCUUUCAAACACAGUACAAAGAACACGUGCCACAAUUUCAGGAGAGUGUAAACAAUUUCAGAACAAAUAAUUUCAGCACUGCCUUUGAGCGUCACAUACCACCUCCUCCCAUAGAGCAUGGAACUCCUUUUCAGAGGGAACAAGUUGGUACACCUGCUGGGCCCCCAUCUGCUCCGCCCAAGGAUCAUGGAAGCCUGUUUCCUAGGGAUCACUCAGUUCCUCCACACAUGUCAUCAGUGGAUCACACUAAUCCUUUUUCAAAAGAAAAAUCCUCUCCACUCUCAUUGCCUCAUGCUGCCCCUCCUCCUCCUUCUGUGGAACAUAGCGGGGUUCCAUUUCCUACUCCUCCCCCUCCACCUCACUCUGUGGAACAUGGUGGCGUUCCAUUCCCUACCCCGCCGCCACCUUCUGGGGAACACAGUGGCAUUCCAUUUCCUGCCCCUCCCCUGACCGUGGAACAUGGUGGUGUCACGUUUUCCAAGGAUCAUGGUACUAUUCAUCAAGGAACUAUAAAAGAGCAUUUUAAUGUGCAUUCAGGACCAAGGGACCAUGUGGCCCCACCUCAGCGAGACCACAGUGGUCCACCCCUUGGUCGGGUUCGAGAAAACAUAGGCCUACCUUCCCUUUCGAGAGAUCAGCUUGGGCCAUCCCAUAGUGUUCCUCCCAUUGGCCCAUCUCAUAGAGACAAUGUAAACCGGAGUGGAAUGAUGAUUAGGAACCCACGACCAGACUUUAGGCCUAGGGAACCUUUCAUAAACAGAGAACCAUUUCAGAGCUUAAAAAGGCCUCGGCCACCUUUUGGAAGGGGCCCUCCAUUCUUUGCACCAAAACGCCCUUUCUUUCCUCCCAGGUACUGAAACAGACAUGCAUCUCUGUAAGUGAAGGUAUUUUGGAUAUUCUAGAGAGCAGUGGAAGUAGCGCUUUCACGUUUGUUUUUCCUUAAAGAGCCCCAUAACAUUUUUCUAAAUUAAAUAUGUUCUGAUACUUUUUUUGGUUGUUUAUUUUUUUAAGCCACCCAGUUGGCAUAAAUCUAGCAAAAUGUUUUAACAAAAAAUAAGAAUUUUCCGAAGAGUAUUGCCGUUGAAAUAAAACUUCUAGUCGUAAAAAAUGAUUGAAUGUGCGAUGUUGGGAUGUUAUUUUUAGCUGAUUACCAAAUUGUUUUGCUUCAUGAGUCCUCUGAACCCAUGUCAAAAAAUAGAGAUGGGGGAAGGAACUCUGUUGCUACUGUUGAUUAAGGAAGAUAAAGGGUCCAAGCUUUCAAAGCCUUCCCUGUGGCAAUAGAAAUAUUAACCCUUCCUUGUGCCUUUUGUUAGGUUAAUCAGUCGCUUUUUUCACUGAUAUCUGCUUAGUCGGUCCCUUGCUAUGAAGCCUUGGAACAUCUUGCUGCUUGCUGUUUUCCAUCUUGCUGACAGGAAUAGGGAGAGGGUAGGCAACUAACAUGGUCAGUUUUUCAGCCCUUCUCUUUGCUUUUUCUGCCUUUCUCAAAAUGCAAAAGGAAAAAGCCUCUGCUUUUCACAGUUGACAGCUUUGCCACUGAGGGUCUUGAACUUGUCUCCCAAGUUGGGUUUCAGAAAACAGUCUCUAAAGUAUGUGCACUUCCUAUCUCUAACUUGGCUUCCUUCCUCAACAUGCUAAGAGGGUUAUAUUUUGCUGAAUAUAAAUCAAGUAAUGCAUUUGAAAUAAGUGGAUGCAGGGAGGUAGCUAGCAGUAAAACUCAAAUCUGCUUACACACACACACAUUUAAUGUAUACAAUGUAUAUUUGAAACACGCCUGCAUUCGCAUGUACAAGCUGCAUCGUAUUUUUUCUUUCUUGUCUUAUAUCACAGAGCUAGGGCAGGUCUAGUAAACGAUAUUUACUUUUUUGCUGGGAGCAUCGUUGACUUACAUGUAUUCUUCACUUUUUGUAAUCACACCUUUCCGUGUGCUUUGUUUGAAGCACAUAGUUCCAUGUAAGAUGAGAGAGAAACUGCAUGCAGCAAUGUGAAAACAGUACCUAAACUCUCUUCCCACAUAUUUUCAUAAACUCACUUCUGCUGCCAUGUGCAUAGAGGACUUUGUGUGGAGUUGGAAUUACUUUAUUUGAUUUUUUUUAAGUGAGUAGAAUACAACAUACUAGUGUUUGAUAAAGGUAUGGGAAAAUAUCUAUAAAAAUAACUACAAAACGAGAAAAUGGCAGAGCAUUUGUUUGUGCUUGGGCUGUGUGUUUUAUUUAAUAUAUAUAAUAUGUAUAAUUAUAUUUGCAUACGCAAGUAAGCGAAUCGGAAGGUUGUAUGGGUGUAUUUUAUUGAAUUGGUCUGGGUUUACAGAAAGAAUGAUGUUAUAGGGCCAAUGCGUAGAAACCUUCUCUGUUUUCUAAUCUUAGAACAAAAACGUGCGUUCCACUUCAUUUUGCAGUCAGCAGCAGACGUCGCUGCUGCUGGUCUGUAGGGGGGCUGUAUUUAGGCAGCAUCAUGGAAUGGUGCACCUUGUUGUGUGGACUGUUUCAGUUAAACAGAAUUCCUGAAAAAGUAGCUGCAUGUGUAAUCCAUGCAAACACUGAGUGUUUAAACUUUUGGGUUAAAUUUAAACAGUAUUUAUUCCUUUUCUGUUCCUUCUGAGUUCUGUUCUCUUUGGACACCACAGCUCCUUUCAGUGAACCUCCAAUAUGAUUAUUGAAUGGAUAACACACCAAAGUACUACUGUGAGGGUAGCUCGUGUAAGUUAAGCAAAAUGUUCAGAAGGAAAAAACAAGGCAGUAAAGAUAUAAAGCAAGAAAACUACGUAAUAAGAUGUGAGAAUUUGCUUAUCCUAUGAUAUGAAGUAAGAUGAUAUAACUCAGUUCCCUAUACACCAGCACUCAGAAUGUCUGAUCAUAUUUCUUAUUAGUGAGAAUAAACGUGCUCACCUACAAAACAACCCAAGAUGGAAGAAUGCUUAGCUUAGCAUUCAUUUCCUUGUAUGCCCAAAGUCUAGCCAUACAGCUCUUAAAUUUUAGGACUUGUAGGACAUGGAUAUAUUUUAAUAUCUAAUGUUAAUGUCCAACACGAAAACUGAAAAAAUUUCAGAGCUUUUGAUGUAUAUUGGAAAUGAUGCAUAGCUUAGCCCAACUUCUUUGCUCUACUGGAACAUUUUAAAUGAAGCUUUCAGUAACCUAAACUACACAAUCCCAUUGCUUUAAUAUCUAUCCUGGCUUGAAGGGACAGUUUCAGAGAAGUCAUAGCUUAAGGAUGCUUUGUUGGAGGAAACCCACGGGGUGAAAAAACGCAGGAGGUUCUGAUGUAAGAAUGGAACCAAUAUUGACUAGAAAAAAAAAUUCCCUCUAGAAUAAAAGAAUGUGAAUUGUUUCUGCUGCUCUUGCUUAAAGUGGUGAUUUCGAAGUAAGGAAUUAUUAAAAUCAGAUGGUGACACCAUCUAAGAACUGCUCUCCAUGCCAUCUGACAUGCCUGGCGAGUAGCUUCCUUGCUCUUGGAGGUGGCUUUUUGGGUAACUUGAAAAGUAAAAUGACUGAUUAAAAAAAAAAAAAAGACACAAAAACUUAUUGGAAAAAAAAAAAAAACUAUUUUAAUGGUGAAAGCUCCAUGUUUUUUGUUUGAGGUUUUUCAUUUUAUUCUGUGCUUGUUACUUUAAACAAACUGUCUACAGUAACUGAAGACACAUGUACAUAUGUAGAAACCACACAACUUAUUUCUGGACAUGAAGGCGUUUUUUCCUGUGUCUGUGAUUUAAACUCCCCACCGUUCUUGAACUUUUGUAUUUCACCUUAUAAGAAAAAGAAAUAAACAUGUAUUUUUUAAAUAAAGCAUGAAACAGUGUGUCUCAUGAAGGACAUAACUUCAUAAAGAAGAAAAUCAAAUUGCAGACAGCCUUCAGUGUGCACUCCAGCUGUUCUAGAAACAGAGAGGACAACCCAAACAUUGCACUGGUACAGCUUAACGGCAAUCAGUAGAAUUAACUUUUACUAGAGGUUAUAAACAUUUAAAAUGUAUCCCUGUUCUAGACUUCUGCUAGUGUAAUACAGCUGUUCUUGUCACCAGAUUUACGAAUAUGCACCAUUUAGAUUUCUACGGUCCCCUCAGAUACACAGUAUGCAUACCUGCCUCUUUGGAAAAAUUCCAGAUAUGCUAUGGUGUGCGUUGUAUAUCAGAGAGGCCGGUCUACGGCUGUGGCUGACUUUGUGAUCUAAAUACAUUUAGAGACUCUUUACCUGUAAAAACAUUGUUCAGGUGUGAGAAACCUGUUUAGAUAAUGUGAAUAAUGGUAAUUUUUUUAAAAAACGUGCAGAAUAAAUGAUCAUAUCCUGAAAUUAAUUAUUCAAAAAUAAGCUGCAGUGCUGUUGUUUCAAAACUGCUGUAAAUACUGGCUGCUUUUUUUGUGUGCCUGUUAAGAUUAAUUGGAUAUGUUGGAUUUAUAUUCUCAAGUGUUCCGUGUGGAGAAAGCAACGUGCAUUAGAGGAAGCGACAAUAAAACUGCAGAUCAUUUUGAAAUGUGUAUUAAUACAUUUAAUAAAAUAACUAGUUCUAAUGUUUUGAUAUUCUUUUUUAACUGGAACCUCUAUUUAAGUGUACAGGGGGUGUAAGAUUGCCUGAUCCGUGAAAAUGACCACAAUAUUGGGCUGAAGAGAGAACAUCAGUUUUUUGCAGUAUAGAACAACAGCCAGGCUUUGUUUCAUCUUUACUGAAUUACAAGUUUAGGGUUAGUGUGGCCUAACCCUUUUUUUUUUUAAACUCUUUAAAAACAAAAAACAAAAAAACACAAACACACACAAGGAAGAAUCUGCCUGCAGCUCAGGUUCCGUGACCAUUUUGAAGACUGAAAGAAAUUUAAAACUGUUGGAAGAUGGUUCUGUUUCUUUUAAUUUUACAUAGAGGCGGUGUUUGGAGGCAAAUCUGAAAUUACUGUUAACUCGCAGAGCAAAAUACAGAAAAUGGAAUAUUCUACCAAUACUUGUGGGCUGAGACAACACUUCCCCUGCCCCCAUUUAUUUUUGUAUUGCAUAUUAAUAAAGUGUACUUUACUUGG